UGACCAGGAUGUGCUUGACUUGAGGUGGGAGCAAUACCGAUUCCACAAUAAACUCAUAUACAGUAAUUAAUUUUCUAGAGCUCCAGCGCCACUGUCUUUUCCACUACACAUUUUCUGGUGAACCUGCAGCAGUAUAAAAUGUGCCUGUUUGCCACAGAGAGCCCAAGACGGAAAAUGGGAAGUUGAAGCCUGGCUUCUUCCUGCAUUGCCCUUUCUUAUUGCAUCAAAUAUAUCAAAAAUUAUCUAAAAGACUUGGGGUGUAUUUUUUAUUUAUUUAGGUGGCGGCUUUAUUAUCCCUGGCGAUGAAAUAGUCAGCCUGUACCUGCGGACUAGAGGUUUCUGUUCCUUGAGCGUCCUGCUAAUUUAAAAGGCAACUUUCUUUCCUUGCCCUCCAACGAAGGGGGCGCCUAGCAUGACGGACCCCUCCGGGCAGCCACAGAGUCCCCCCAUUUCUGCUUUCCCAGCCCUCAGGCACUUUCCCUGCCCAGUCGCCGCCCUCCGCUUGGCGGACGCAGGCGCGCCUCCCCGCCCGGUGCUGAGGGGGCUUCUUCUCCACCCCAGAGGGCGCGCUUGCCUCGCACAGGACGGCGCGCUGGCCGGGUAAAGAAUCCUCUCGUUCCCUUCAGAAGCGGAGACCGAAGGGAAAGAGGGAAAAAAUCACCGCGCGGCUCCCGCUCAAGGUCACUCCGGGCAGCCCCAACCCAGCGACGUCAACCCCCGACGCCGAAGGGAGGCGGCCCGGCUGUCGCCCAGCGGCGCAGCGCCUCACUCCGCGCGCCCCAGCGAAGAGAAGGCGGCACUCCGCGAGCCCCUCUGCUUGGAGGCCUACUGAAGUGGUAAUGUCAUUCUGAUCUCCAUAGAAGAAAACUUGUUAUUCCUUGGUUUGAAGAGUGAUUUAAUAAUACAGUAAUAAUAAUAAUGUAUCCAGUUCCUGGUUCCAUGCAUGAAGGAGAUAAUGGACAUCCUAGGAAACUUAUCUCUUUCCUUUUCGUUUUUGGCAUUACGUUGUUAUGUGCUGGAUUUCUGCUUUCGAUGUUUGUGUUGCAGACAUGCCCAAGUGGUGCCUUUGGUGACUGUAAAGGAGCCCUCAAAAUCAUUGGGCCUCUGCUUGCUGUUACUGGACUAGUUUGUAUAAUUCUGGCACAAUCGAGAGCUAAAGGCUACCUCAGAGAGGUGCAAUUGCAAGAUGACCAGGUGUACGGGUUUGUUUUUUGUCGAGGAAACUGCCAGUUUGCUCAGUUCCUUGUCUUUGGUUUUUUAUUUUUAACUAGUGGGAUGCUAAUCAGCGUCCUUGGCAUUUGGAUUCCGGGAUGUAGCCCAGGCUGGCGCUAUCAGCAGUUUAACCAUAGCAAUGCUUCUGAUGUUGAACUCCAGGAUUGUGGAUUUCAUUCUGUUCAGACCAUGGGACCUUUGAUUGUGCUCAUUGGGUUGUGUUUCUUUGUGAUAGCUCACAUUAAAAAGAAACAAAACAUAAAUUUCGUCCAUGAGUCUUCUGUCAAUGAAGAAGAGCAGCUGGAUCCUGAAUCAUUUCAAGUUACAGUGGGUGAUACUGUAAUGGUAUUCCCACCACCGCCACCACCUUAUUUCGCUGACUGUCCACUGCAAACAAUAACUCCUUGCGUGGUAACAAGUGAUUUGCCUUUAAGUGAAAAUCCUCCACCGUACCACAGCACUUUUAUUAAUUGAGCACAGAAUGCUGAUGCAUCAAACCUGGUUGCUUGAAGAGAGAAUGAGCUACUGUAUACAAUGUCAGGAUGUGAUUCACCUUCUGGGAACUUAAUCCACACACUCUCAUCCCUCGGAGCCAUCUCAAAAUUGUAAGGGCAAACGAGCAGCUGUAAAUAAUGAAUGUGUCUUUUCUUCCUCUCCUUACAUCACCCAGAUGAUCCAUUGCCAUCCACUUUGAACCAGCUGUAAGAAAUACUCAAGAGGGAAGGUGUAUAAAAAGGGGAGAAAAAGAGGACUGUUAAAUUACAGGGUGAAAAUAGCCUGGAAGAGAGAUGGGGGAGCUUUGAGCCAGCAAGGAGAGCAGCAAGCUCCACGGGCAAGAAAAUAGGAGGCCUGCCAAGCCAAGACUUCUGUUACUGGAAAACGAAGCCAAGGCAAUCUACAGUUUCCAGAGAAAUACUUGGGACACGAAGGACCCAGCACCUUAACACCUCUUCAUUUGGCACCUUGUAUGUAACUGGAAUACCCAAAGCAAUGUACGUCUUAAGUCAGCUACCAUCUGAACGUAGUGCUAUGGCACACAUCAAGCCGAAGGAGGACAAAAUCUAUUGGGCUUUGCCUUUCUGUUUCCUUUUCCCUUUUCCUUUUUUGGCUGUUGACAAACUCAAAAGUAAAGACACUGGAGACCCGAGAGCACAGAGUAUGUUGUGUGUGUGUUUGGGCUGACCCUCAUGUUAACAAAUUGUACAUGUGAGAUUUUCAGUUGAUUAAACAUUAUGGCA